AUGACACUUUUGGCAUUUUUCAUUUUAUUUUUUGUGGUGUCUGAUGCUACAGUACAUAGAUUGAACGUGCCUAGAGUUUUAUUACCUGUAUUCAAUGACUUCGCCGUGAAUUUUACGCUUGAAGUUACCGAUGGUGCUUGUUAUCAAUGGUCAACAUCUCGCUUAGAUAUCAUUCAGUUGAUUCCUAUAAAUGAAAAUGUUGAAAGGACUUGUUCCUCAGCUAUUUUGAUUCAAACAAUAACAAGGGAAUCUACAAGAAAUACAGCAAUAGUCUUGGCAGAAGAUGUGAAUACUGGUCAGUUUUUAAGAUGUGAUGUUAUUGUGGAUGCAAUCUUUUCUUUAAACCUUGUCACAACCACAAGAGAAUUAUAUAUAGAAGAAGCACCAGAAGCAUUUGAAGUGAGAGCCUAUGAUGAACAAGGAAAUGAAUUUACAACUCUUGCUGGAGUUGAGUUCCAUUGGAGUAUAGAUAAUGCUGAUAAACAUAUGUCGAACAGUAAAACCCCAAAUGAUGUUUUAAGGUUUAUGACUUACGAAGAAUCGCAAUAUGAAACACCUUCAACUGUUGCUGCUUUGGAUGCGGCUGGUAAAAAGGGACAUAUUGGGCUGUUGGAGGGAAUAAAAACUGGUACAGCAAAGGUUUCAGUAAGACUACCAUAUCCAGAGUACAAGCAUGUACCGCCCAUAGAAGUAGAACUGAUUGUAAUAGCUAAUUUAAUUAUUAUUCCAUCGGACAUAACAGUAAUGGCACAUGAUAGUUUCAAAUAUAAAAUAAUGCAAGCUCGACAAGGUCGUUUAGAAGAAAUAACAUUACCCUCCAGCCAGUACUAUUUAGAAGCAGAAAGUCCAAGCAUAUUAGAAAUUGACAAUGACCAUGACUGUGCAUACGCUCGAUCCCUAGGACGUACUAAAGUGUUUUUACACGAUAAAAACGUCCGCGACGAAUAUCCUGUAAUUUUACCAUCUGCUGUAGUCAACGUGAAUGAUGUAGCAUACAUUACUCUUGCAGUUUUACCUAACAGAAAUUGGGGUUUGAUACUUGGCCAUGUUCAUGAAAUCAUAGUUGAAUUGUAUGAUAACAAAGACCAUAAAUUUCAUAUUGGGGAAGGUGUAGAAGUGUCAAUGAAGCUAGACGAACAUUAUUUUGAACCAAAAUUAAUAACACAAAAUGGUACUUAUAUUGUUGGUGUGCCUAUUACAUGUGGAACAAUGACUAUUGAAGCUACACUUUAUGGUAUAAUCGAUAAACACGGUAAAAAGAUUUCUCUCUUAUCGCAUCCUACUACAAGAGCUGAGCUUUUGAUUCACACACCGGUCACUAUCCAACCCAAAGUACUGGCUGUUCCAUGGGAUUUCAAGGCUAAGUCACGAUACGAUAUAGUAUUAAAAUCCAGUGGAGGGGAUGGCUCGUAUGUAUGGUCGAGCAGACAGCCAUCCAUAGUAACAGUUUCUCAGAAUGGGGGAAUCAGAAUUUUGGCAGCAGGAGCCACAGAAAUAAGCGUUGCAAUGACGAGAAAUCAGUACAAUAAAGAUACAGCAAGGGUAUACGUGCUACCACCUUCGAAGUUAAAAGUGGUAGAAUACAAUAUGGAAGCAGCAGUGAAAGAACCAAUUUAUCUUCACAUUGCAUUAUAUGGGAAAUUAAUUAACGAAACUGACUCUAAAGAGAUACCUUUCAGUGACUGUAGAGACAUUACUUUUGAAACAUACAUUCCAGAUGGUAAUUUUUUGCGAAAUGAUAGUAAACUCAUAGAACCUAUUGGUAUUGCAUGCGCUGUUAUAGCAGUUACAAGUAUGGAUGUUGGAACAUCCGAAAUAACAGUAGUGUAUAACGCAAAUGGUCAAUAUUUAACUGAUAACAUCACUGUAUCGGCCUAUGAGCCUUUAGUAGCAAUACAUCCAAGUAGUAAAGAAAGUUUAUUAUCUGUGGGCUCUUCGAGGAAAAUAGUUUUCAAAGGUGGACCCUACCCAUGGUCUAGUAAACCUCAAAGUUACUCACGAAAAGUUCAAGUGUCCGACAAAAAAAUUGCCGAAGUAAUAGAAUAUGAGGAUUCAUUGAGUGGAUUGUAUAAGGUAUCAGUUUUCGAAGUAAUGUGUAAAGCUCUUGGUGAGGUGAUUGUAAUGUAUACUAUCUCAAAUGUUCCUCUAUUGCAAAAUUGCAAAAAUACAUUCGCAACCGAAACAGUACGAAUUAUUUGCGGUAAGCCUAGACAUAUUUACCUUCAGCCAGAAUUUAAAGACAGCAAGAACUGCCCAAUCAGUCUUAAUACAGAAAGGGUAAUGGCGCAUAGCGACAAAAGUUUAAAGCUUAUCACUAUCAUAAAAGAUGAAGAAGGGAGAACUUUCGACAACAUUACGAGUUUACACAUUGACUGGAACUUAAAACCCUCAUCCGUAGGUUCUGUGGAAAUGUCUUCUGGUUCGAUAGAGGAAACAUUCACAGACAUGAACGUGAUUCUACCAAAGCAUUACUAUCAAAAUGUUAUUUUUAAGAAACAUUCUGGUUCUCUUACGUUAACAGCUACGGUUACUGGUUACCAGAAGUAUAUAUUGAGCAAGUUAAAAAUUAUACCUGAAUGGCCACCCUUUGCGAUUGAAACUGAAAGAAGAAUCUACGAGACUCCGCGUAUAGAAGCUUCAAUAGAAAUAGUUUUAGUUAACGACACUAGCAUUAAUCCAAACAAAUUAAUGGUAUUGAAUGAUCCGAGUGCAAAAUAUUAUUUACAAGUUAGUCAAGGUUCUGGUUACUAUGAAUUUGUAUUGAGCGCGGAUGACAUCGCCGAAGUUCGUUAUAUAGAAUCGACUAAAGCAAUUAGCAUUACUCCAAAGAAAUCGGGAAUACUUAACUUAGCCUUGGUAGAUCUUUGCUUGCCAUCGAAACCAGCUGAAGCUACAGUCGAAGUGCAACAACUUGCUGUAAUAGAAACAGAAACGGUCAACAAAAUUGAGAAAGGAAAGUGCAUAGUGGCUGCGUUAAAACUUUAUGACACGAACGGUCACAUUAUAAAAUUGCCGUCUUUGAAUGCGUUAGAAUUCAAAGCAGAGAUUGAUAAUGAAUGUAUAGAAAUUAAAAAAUUGCCUGCUACGGAACACGGUAAUCCUCCUUACAGUCAACUGUUGUAUAUGAUACAUGGCAUGGCAGAAGGAGAAUCUCAAUUAACUUUCGUAAGCAAAGGAGGCGACAAAGAGAUACAAAGUGAAUCAGCAAUUAUUCAAGUUUUCCUUCCUUUAAGAGUCUUUCCAAAGAACUUGACAAUAUUAGUUGGAACUAUUUAUCAAAUCCAGACAACUGGAGGUCCGUCGAAUGCAGAAAUUGAAUUCUCUACAAAGAGUAAUGACAUAUUGAAUAUUGGUCGCAAUGGUAUAUUCGAAGGGAAGUCAGUUGGCCAAACGCAGAUAAUUGUUAGAGCCGUUGGUCUUAAUGCAAAAGGAAACAAAGUCAUUUAUUCCGAGGACUAUGCUGACAUACAUGUGUUAUACCUUGAAGGGAUUAAAAUUGCUGUUCCCACAAGUAGAGUGAAAGUGGGUGCAACAUUCCCACUUUGGGCUUUUGGUAUUCCAGAAUAUUUAACUCCACUCAUCAUAGGAUCAAUGCAAUUGCCGUUAAUCUUCAUGUGGUCCUCCAGUGAUUUGAACUUAAUAACUUUGCACAAUAUGUACGAAGGAACUGGUAUUAACAUCAGAUACCAGAAUGAAGUGUCUUUGAGAGCUAAAGCCAUUGGUCCUGGAUUAGCAACAAUUUAUCUGAAUGUUACAAUGCCAUGUAAUAUGUUAGCUGGAUUUAAAAGCGACGUAACAUUCGCUACUUUUGUAAAAGUUGAAAUUUUCGAGGAGUUACGUUUAACGCAUCCUGGGACACCGUCUAAUGUACCAGUAAUAUUGAUGUCUCCAAAUUCUGUUCUGAAAUUGCAAACGAACCGUGAUAAACAUGGUUCAACUACUUACAAAGUAUUGUCGACCAUGCAUGGAAAUGACUCUGAGGAUACACAUGCUUUAACUCCAGUGUCGAAAACUGUAACUAUUGACAAAAACGGUGUCAUAAGAGCUGGUGAAAAUUGUGGGAAAGUAAUCAUUUCUAUCACAAACACUGAAGCGUAUAAUUUGAAACAGUCAAUAACUAUUAUCGUUGAAGUCAAACCGAUUCAUUAUAUGAUGUUAUCAUUAAAAUCGAUUUUACGUAUUCGAAACGGGGAAGAAUUAAACAUGUUGCCGAAAGGAAUGGAGCUGGACUAUGCACUUGAAUAUUAUGAUAAUGUUGGAACAAAAUUUCACGCUGCCGAAGUUAAUGCUAGGACUAUACUAAACCGCGCUGAUCUGGCUUCGUUUGCUAUAAAUACUGAAAAUGUAGUUACUGCAAAAUUCAUUGAAAACGGAGAUCUCGUUGUAAAGGCGUUUAACGAAAAAUAUCCUAAUGGGAUGUUUGAUUAUGUACACAUGAUGAUCGGAGACAUAGUCUUUCCUACAAAGACAACAUUGACUGUGGGUGAUAUAGUAUGUUUCUCAAUGCCACUUCUGUCUCCUGAUGGUGACCCAGGUUACUGGCAAUCUUCAGCUCCUGAAGUCUUAACAGUAGAUCCUAUUACAGGAAUAGGGCGAGCAAAAAAUGUAGGCUAUGCAGUGGUAAAACACAGUCUUGCAACUCACAUGCAAGGUGAAAUAGAAGUGAAUAUCCAACCUAUUGCUAAGGUGUCCAUUGUGCCAUUAAGAGGUCGAAAUAUCACAGGAACUGAAACAUUCAGUGUUCCUCUUGUCCUUAAGAGUAAGGACGAGCAAGUUAAAGAGAAUAAUGUAUUAUCUAGAGGCUUGGGUGGUUGUAGAACAUUUACUUCGUUUACUUUAAAUUCAUUUCCCUAUACAUGUAACAUUCAGUUUGUUUCAUCCACUUCAUCCGUGGGAGUAAAAGACUUAUUCCUUGUUAAACCACGAUUCGAUAUCAUGACUGGUUUUUAUUAUUGUGAUGUAAUACCUAUGGGUUCUCCAAACAUAUUUUCCAGUACAUUAGAAAGUCGCAUUCAAAUAAGUGCACAAAGCAAAGACAUUGAAGCUGCACCUUUGGAAGUAGCAUAUCUUCCACCUGUCUACGUUGACACUAAAGAGAUAGUUUUUAUUAACACUCAUUCUCAAACUAUACCAACUGCAACGCUUGAAAUAUAUGGUUUGCAGUCUGUAUUGGAUCAUCUUACAAUUGAUGUACCGGAUGGAAUGACCGUAAGUGCUCGACAGUAUAUUUCAAAGUCAACAAUGCAGUAUAAAUUACGGUUGAUGCAUAAUCAAGAUGAAAUUCAGGGUCAAAAAGUCAUUGUUGCUAAUGAUGUCACAAAACAAAAUAUAUCUCUUUUUGUACGUGUUACAAAGUAUGAAAAUUUCAUACCGUUGUCUGGAAUUCAUUGGGUGGAUUAUAUGUAUUUCCACCGUUACACUUUCGGGACGUUUGCGGUCAUCGUAAUAACUUGUUUCUACAUAUGGAAAAAUAAAAUGGCAAACAUUGACUUAAAUAUAAAGAAUAGGACAGUUUUCGCAGAUAAAUGUCCACCACAUCGUAGUUUUUAUUCGGCAAAUAAGCAAAACAGAUCAAUGAAUAUCUAA